ACCGUCAAAUGCUGACGAAAAGAAAACAAGACACGAAAAGUUUUGCGGUAGUUUAGUUUUUCAUGUAAAUUAUUUAUUCUACUGUAGUACGAAUCGAAUUAAAACAUGUCCUCGCCAGAAACAAGGCUCGAUCUGUACGACGAUGGAGCGGAAUCACCUAGCGAGUUGAUGACCGGAGAAAUGACCGUAACCAGCGCCGCUCAGAAUACGACCGAUCCCACUGCACCCAACUUCAACACACUCGAUGAACCUAUUAAAGCCACGAUCCUGCGUGACGUAAAGGCAGUUGGUGUCAAAUUCUACCACGUACUCAUACCGAAGGAAAAGAACACACUGUUAAAAGAAUGGGAUCUGUGGGGACCGCUGGUACUGUGCACGUUUAUGGCCACGAUCCUGCAAGGCUCAUCAGACGACAUGUACGACGGUGGGCCCGAGUUCGCGCAGGUGUUUGUUAUCGUUUGGAUCGGUGCCAUGAUUGUGACGCUCAAUUCCAAACUACUCGGGGGAAAUAUAUCUUUUUUCCAGUCUGUGUGUGUACUUGGUUACUGUCUUACACCUUGCGCGUUAGCUCUUAUAGUGUGCCGGAUAAUUCUACUAGGAGCACAAACAACGUUUCUUUUCUUCUUACGAUUCCUCGUAGCGUCUGCCGGAUUCGGUUGGGCAACGUACGCCUCGAUAAUCUUCCUCGGUGACAGUCAACCACCGAACCGAAAAGCUCUUGCCGUGUAUCCAAUAUUCCUAUUCUACUUCAUCAUAUCGUGGCUUGUCAUUUCGCACAGCAAUGUGUAAUGGAAUGCCGAUGGGUUGAACUUCAAUUAAAUUCCAAUUGUGAUCAGUGUAAAGAGCAAAACGGUAUCCCGACAGUGGUGACUGAACCGACGGGAUAGGUGUGCACUAGAGUGGUACUUUUAAAAGUGUUUACAUUGUACCCCACCGGAUGGUGGUGUUGCACCCAAAGUCAAAGAGGGUACACAUGACGACAUCACGGCCAGCACACAACAAACGCAGGUUAACAUUGACAGUAGGGGAAGAAAGCUGAAGGAAAACAACACGAUGCACUUAGAGUAAUCGCUACUGUACUAAACGCUAGAUAAACCUUUUGUAUUAUACAACUUUCCACAUAAUAGAGUAAUAAAAGGGAUGAAUUCGCACGGAUGGAUUCGUACAAAGCAA